CAUCCGUCUCGACACUCUAGUUCAAGUGUUUAUCUGAAAAUGGUUCUACCAUUUUCGAAUUUCGGUCGUCUUGCUUUCUUUCUUCUAUUAUUUAUUAUCCUUUCAUUUGCUGAAAAUAAAAAUAAUUGUUCUUCAGAUUACAAAUUUCGUCUCGAAGUAGCUCGAAAUUAUAAACUAAACGAGGCUCUUUUUGAUGAGUAUAAAUGUAACGACCACACUAUUGAAAAACGUCGCGUUGAUCCAAAAUUUCACGGUCAUCCCAAGUCUCACAGUGAUAUUUUAGCCUCCAAAUUUGGUAUUGAUACGACAAUCGAAGAAAGACAAGCUAAUUCGUUGAUAAGCCUUAUAAGUAAAAUAGCUUUGAAGUACCUUGCUAAAUGCCCACCGGUUGUUUAUUACGAUAAUCAUGUGGAAAAAAAUGAAAGCCUUAUGUUGCAGAAACUCUUUAAAAGUUUCCCCAUUACCUUCUACCACGGUCAAAUUUCAGAAAAGUUUGAGCCUAUCAACCGCGGUUUUCGUUCGCCAAUGGACAACAAUUGUCGUAGCUACAUUUUGUUCAUUACCGACCCAAUGAAUGCUCGAAAAAUUAUUGGUCCCCAAGUGAAAUCUCGAGUAGUAAUCGUAUCUAGGUCAAGUCAAUGGAAGCUUAAGGAUUUCCUUGCCUCGAAGCAAUCCUCAGAUAUUGUUAAUUUACUUGUUAUAGGCGAAAGUUCUGUUGCAGAUCCUCAGAAAGAACGUCCUUAUGUUUUGUAUACUCAUAAACUUUACGCCGAUGGUCUUGGAGCCAACACGCCAAUUGUACUUACCAGUUGGAUUAAGGGCGUUCUCUCACGUCCUCAAAUCGAUUUAUUUCCGAAAAAAAUCUCUGAUGGAUUCGCUGGACAUCGAUUUUCGAUAUCAGCUGUCAAUCAGCCGCCAUUUAUUUUUCGAAUUCGAAAAUUGGAUCCAUUUGGUCAAACUCAUAUCCAUUGGGAAGGAAUUGAAUUUAGAUUGAUAAAUAUGAUAGCCAAGCAGAUGAACUUUUCCUUUGAUAUUAUUGAGCCAAAGGAACACGCUAAAUUGGGGUCGGGAGAGUCGAUUAUAGAAGAAGUAAGACUUCAAAGAGCAGACCUGGGGAUGGCUGGAGUAUUUUUGACUCAAGAAAGGCUUGAGAAAAUCGAUAUGUCACAUGGGCAUUCUAGGGAUUGUGCAGCUUUUAUAACUCUGGCUUCCAAAGCCCUACCGAAAUAUCGCGCUAUAUUGGGACCCUUCCAAUGGCCCGUUUGGCUAGCCCUAACAUGUAUUUACCUCGGCGGUAUUGUUCCAAUUGUUUUUACCGAUCAGCUAACUCUGCGUCACUUGAUUGGAAAUUGGGGAGAGAUUGAAAAUAUGUUCUGGUAUGUCUUUGGAAUGUUUACCAACAGCUUUACCUUCAGUGGAAAAUACUCUUGGAGCAACUCAAAGCGAGUUUCUACCCGCCUCCUGAUUGGAUUCUAUUGGCUCUUCACGAUUAUCAUAACCUCUUGUUAUACAGGAUCAAUUAUUGCUUUUGUAACGUUGCCAGCUUUUCCUGCUACAGUUGAUUCGGUGAAUGAUCUCUUGGGACUGUUCUUUCGAGUUGGAACCUUGGAUCGAGGAGGAUGGGAAAAAUGGUUUCAGAAUUCUACUCACGAAUCCACGGCAAAGUUAUACAAGAAAAUGGAAUUUGUCAGUACCCUGGAAGAAGGUAUUGGCAAUGUAACCCAGUCUUUCUUUUGGAACUAUGCCUUUCUCGGAUCUAGGGCCCAACUGGAAUAUCUAGUUCAGUCAAACUUCAGCGAUGAUGUUCUUGGUCGGCGAUCAGCUCUUCAUUUAAGCGAGGAAUGUUUUGCUCCAUUCCACAUUGGUUUUGUUUUACCAAAAAAUUCAGUCUAUGCAGAGAAACUUGAUCUAGCGAUUCUCAUAGCCCAAGAGAGUGGACUCAUUGCGAAAAUUACCAAUGAAGUUUCAUGGGUGAUGCAAAGAAGUGCAUCUGGAAAACUUCUCCAAGCUUCUUCUUCGCAUGCCCUCAAGGAAAGAAUUCAAGAGGAACGUCAACUCACCACCGCCGACACCGAGGGUAUGUUCCUACUCAUGGCUAUUGGUUAUGUCCUUGGUGGUUUGGCAUUGGGUUCGGAAAUAAUAGGUGGCUUCACUAAUAAAUGUCGUCAAAUUUUAAGAAGAGCUCGAAAGUCUGUCUCGAGUGGGAUAUCUUCAGCAAGAAAUUCAUCUGAUUUCACUACUAAAAAAGAUUUAGCUGAUUACUUGCGAAGGAAAGCAAUACGCCAUGAAAGCCGAGAAGCUGCUGCUGCUGAUAAUUCUGGGAACACAUUUUUCGGUUUCAAGGAAUUUAAACUCACUAAAGCUACAUUGAAGGAACUUUACGGAACCUAUAAUCAACCAGAACCGAAUUUUAUUUUUCAAAAUGGAAAACUUAUAUUGGAAACUGAUGCUAGAUCAAUAGAAUCUUCAGCGAGAACGAUUACAACACCUUCUAGUGUUGGUGAAUUUCCUUUACAGCAGGAAGUGGAAGAAGUUGUACAGCAUUUGGACGCUUGUAUUGAUGUUCAUGAUCGCCAACAGCAGGUCACUAAUAGUUUUGUAUUGGAUGAUAUCGAUGAAAAGGUUGCUGAGGAAGUUGAAAAUCCGUUUGGAAGUUUAGUGGAUGAUGUUAAUUUGGUAUCGAGAUAUGAAAAUUUGAAGCUUUUUGAAGAGAAUGAACAGCAAAAGUAAACUAGGAAUGACUUUUUAAUGGGUUUUUUUAAAUUGAAUUAGAAUUAUUGUUGUUGUUUUGAAAUAAAAAUUCUGUGUUACUUUU